GCCUGGCUGGUGUGAGGAGCAGCCGUGACCACAGAGGUGGUGGAGAGAUGGCCCUCAGCAGCAACGCGCUUUCCUUCGUGAAGCCAACACUCGCCAUCGAAGGGGGUCUCAAGGAUGGACAUCAGAUCACUGUCAAUGGGACAACUCUUCACACCUGUGGAACCAGGUUUGCUGUGAAUUUUCAGACCGGCUCCAGUGGCAAUGACAUUGCCUUCCACUUCAACCCUCGGUUUGAAGGGGUCGGGUAUGUGGUCUGUAACACCAAGCAGAAAGGAUACUGGGGACAGGAGGAGAGGACAAUGAGAAAUCCCUUCCAGAUGGGGAAGCCCUUUGAGAUCCGCAUCCUGGUGGAGAGCACCAAUUUCCAGGUGAUGGUGAAUGGAGAUCGCUUUGUGCAGUACGAACACCGCGUGCCCUUCCACCGUGUGGACAACGUCUUUGUCACCGGCCCCGUGGGGCUGACAUACAUCGGCGUCAACACACAAACUGUGGUCCACACAGUGCAGAGCACCCCUGGACAGAUGUUCCCUCCAAUACCGUUCUUCACCAGCAUCCCUGGGGGGCUGUACCCCUUCAAGGGCAUCACCAUUUCAGGCACCGUCCUGUCCAAUGCUCAGCGGUUCCACAUCAACCUGUGCUCGGGGAAUGACAUCGCCUUCCACAUGAGCCCCCGUUUCAAUGAGAACGCCGUGGUCCGCAAUACGCAGACAAACAACUGUUGGGGGCCUGAGGAGCGUGGCCUGACCCGGAAUAUGCCCUUUGUCCGAGGCCAGGCCUUCUUGGUGUGGAUCAAGUGUGAAGGUCACUGCCUCAAGGUGGCUGUGGACGGUCAGCACCUGUUUGACUACUACCACCGCCUGACGAACCUGCCCGCCAUCAACAACCUGGAGGUGGGAGGCGAUGUCCAGCUGACCCUGGUGCAGACAUAGGCGGGGUUCCUGCCCUGGGACCUCGGGCUGGAGCACGCUGCUGUCUGUAUCUGCUCUUCCCUCCACCUUCCCUGUCCCUGCCGCAGCCCCCGCCCUCCCAGCCCUUCCUGGAUCUGGGUUUUUUCUGGAGAGACCAGGCCCUUGUCUGCCCUGCUUCUGGCUGCAGCCAUCCGGGAGUGGAGAGGGCAGCUGGCUUGGAUGCUUUCCUCUGACUGGGGCUCCAGCUGUCCAAAUCCUACCUUCUGAGGAUGGGGGAGGGGUCAGUGCAGGCUGAAGCCCAUGUUCAGUGCCCUCAGCAGAAAGGGAGCGUCCUGGGCCUUCCCAAGCUCCCAGGCCAGGCCUGCCCCUCAUCUACCUCUUGGCCCCAUGCCCACCCUCCAUUCCAGUCCCCCUCAGGCUCCAGCCACCAAUGGGCCACUCCCCUGGGAGGCGGUGUGUCUCCUCAGCCCCUCCUCUUUCUCCAACCUUUAACCUUUCCUUGCACCCUGUACCACCCCUUCCCCUGAUUGACACCUGCUGGUCUCCACCACCUGACAACACCUUUUCCAGCUGGACGCCCCCCUUUCCCAGUGCCCUUCAAAUAAAGAG